AUUCGCGCUUGGGCUGGCGGGGUGCGUCGCAGCCCGUCACCGCCGCCGGCCGAUCGGGCGGCCAUGGCUGCCGGCGGGCGCGGCCAGCCGCUCAUGGCGCUGGCAACGGCUGGUGGGGCUGGCGAAGGCGGUGGGCAGGCUGCAGAGGAGCGAGCCGUUGGCGGCGAGGUGGAUAUACCUGUUGAGGAGGAUGGGGAGGGGCUGUCGGGCGCUGCCGUGCUAGCUAUGGUUGCCAGCAGCCUGGCGGGCCACAAGCGGCCGAGGGAGAUGGUGUCGGAGGCCACCCAGACGGCUGGGGACCCCACACAGGCGUGA